AUGGCGAACAAGGAGCCUUUGUCGUUCAUCGGUCUCGGUGCCAUGGGCUUCGGCAUGGCCACCAACCUGAUCAAGGAAGGGUACGCAGUAACGGGCUUUGAUGUCUGGGCACCGACACUCGAACGCUUUGCCAAGGAGGGCGGCAACAUAGCAUCAACACCCGCCGAGGCGGCAUCCGGGAAGAACGUCUGUAUCUGCAUGGUCGCAACCGCGCAACAAGCCCAGGAGGUGCUCCUCGAUGGCGAGGAGCCCGCCGUGCCAGUUCUUCCCAACAAUUCAGUGAUCCUGUUGUGCUCCACGGUGCCAUGCAGCUACGUGCAAGAGCUGGAAAGGGCCAUUCACGCAGCUGGCAGGCCGGAUGUGCAUCUGAUCGACUGUCCAGUGUCGGGGGGUGCCAUACGCGCCGGGAACGGCACACUGUCCAUCAUGGCAGGCGCCUCGGAUGCUGCCAUCGCAAGGGGCCGGGUGGUUCUCCAGGUCAUGUCCGAUCCCGCAAAACUGUACAUUGUGGCUGGUGGCAUCGGAGCCGGCAGCAACAUGAAAAUGUGCCAUCAGGUCCUGGCAGCGAAUCAAAUCGCCUCGGCGAGCGAAGCCAUGGGUCUCGCGCACCAGCUGGAUCUUGACCUCCCCAAGACGGCAGAGGCGCUGAUCAAGUCGGACGGAUGGAGCUGGAUGCUGGAGAACCGAGUGCCGCGCAUCCUGGACGCAAACCACGGUCCACUGGCCAGCGCAGUCAACAUCAUCAUCAAGGACACGAGUAUCAUCACGGUCGAGGCCCGUAGGGCGGAGUUCCCCACGCCAAUGACCAGCACAGCAGAGCAGGUGUACUUCCUGGGUCUAGGCAAGGGAUAUGGAACCGAUGACGACGCCAGCCUCAUUCGCCUGUACACCGAGGGCAAGGGCAAACUCGGACUUGUCAAGGCUGCGUCGACCACGGACGACGAGAAGCUGGCGUUGGUGACAAGCCUUCUCAAGGGCAUCCAUCUCUGUGCUGCGGCUGAGACACUGUCGUUUGCUCACCACGUAGGGCUGGACCUGGAGCAAGUCUUUGAGCUAUGCAUCAAUGCGGCGGGAGGCUCUGCGAUGCUGUCCAAGGUCGGCCCCGGCAUCAUGAAGGCGCUGCGGGGCGAGGCGCGGGGCGGUGAUGCACUCCAGUUGGCGGACUUUGCCCGAGAUCUCGGUGCGGCGGUGGAUGAAGCGCAAAGACUCAAGGUCCCGGUGUUUUUGGGCAGCUCUGCCUUGAACCUGAUCCGAGUGGCACUGAGGAAAGCGGGAGCCGAUGCUGCGGCAGACUCAGUUGUUAGUGUUUGGAGCUCUUGGUAG